CGCCCAUUCUCAGUUUAAGCCGAACAGCGAUUCACAUAAGACGUGUUUCAAUUUACACUGCUCCAGAGUUGUGAACAAAAAAUCCCGAAGCUCACGCUAGCUAAUUUACAAAAGUUUCAAAUAAUGUUACAUGUGAUACAUUCCAAUUGCCUGCGUUGGGUACCAUUUAUAACACUGCUGCUUUGUGGAUUUACCUUUUCCGUACCGGCACCUCCAGCAUCACCAUGCCCCGGCCUGUUUAGCUACCAGUACGACACUAACAGUUCGGAGUAUUAUGGCCUGGUGAAUCUACAGUCACAGCAAGUCAAAAAUACGGUUGAGGUGGAAAUUUCAUUCUCGAUUGCUGCCCAGCUGCCUUCGAACUAUAUCGGCUCCAUCGAAGCAAUUGGGGACAAUCGGCAACUACUGGACCAGAUUUCCAAGGGACGCGGUGUAAGCUACCGGGUGAAUCUUCCGCUCCAGAAUCCUCUACCUCGUCUUACUAAAAUAAGCCUCAAUGGUAAAGUGCUGUGUACGGGACAGUCGGAAAAAGGUGUAUUUGUAACCGAAACCAGCCUGCGUCAUUUUUUCCGCACGGAUUCCAACUGGCAGCAAUACAAUCAGCACAAAAACACCGACAAUAGCCCUAUCAACGGUAAUCAAAACCACAAUGAUCGAACAGUGACAAGACCAACUCAGAAAGUACCAGAUAACUUCAAGUUGGUGGCAGAACGCGAACAAAAUCAUACCGUAGAGGAGUCGGAGCAUGCGGUUAGCCCCACAGGAAAUAGCACUUCCUACAAGUACGUUACGAAGGUGGUGACCUACAAAGAAUACGUGUCGGCUCCGAUGGUCCAAAAAACAUCUCAUUACUAUGUGAAUACGACGACAAGGGAGCAGGCCUAGAAAAGGGUUUAUUAUAAUACUGCAGCUUAGGAUUAGUACAGGAUGCAUUUUCGCAGAAGUAGGGUAAAACUACCUAUUAUGGAGGGGUUAAGCGCCGCGUCAAAACAAAAUUGAUUUCGAUUU